UGAUCAAACAGCGCAUGUAGCAACAUGUGUACAAACAUGAAAUAGUAUAGAGCUUGUUAUUUUAUAUUUAGUAAAGAUUAUCUUUAUAAUUUUCAUCAUGCAAGUGUCAAAUGCAAACGAUGUUAAAAUUUACAAUCUCAGUGUUGGUAAAUCAUUACCAGAGUGGCUUUCUGAUAGAAAGAAAAGAGCUCUUUUGAAAUCUGAUGGAGAUUUAAGGAAACGUAUUGAGUUGAUACAGGACUUCACAAUGCCGACAGUAAGUACAGGGAUUCAGAUGACACCAGAUUCUCAGUAUGUCAUUGUAACCGGCACGUACAAACCGCGUGUGCGAUGCUAUGACAUGGCACAACUUUCCAUGAAAUUUGAACGCUGCAUGGAUGCAGAAGUGAUAAAAUUUGUUACAUUGUCUGAAGAUUAUUCUAAGAUGGUUUUCUUGCAAUGCAAUCGAUAUAUAGAAUUCCACGCCCGUUACGGCCGGUAUCAUCAACUACGUAUUCCAAAGUUUGGACGAGACGUGGUGUACCAUAAGCCAUCUUGUGACCUAUUUGUAGUAGGGGCAAGCUCUGAGAUUUUCCGUAUCAACCUUGAACAAGGUCGCUUUUUAAGUUCCUGGGUCACAGAGGCUAGUGCAAUUAAUGCGUGUGCUGUCAAUCCAGCCCAUCACCUACUGUCGGUAGGAACAGCUGAAGGGCGAGUUGAAUGUUGGGACCCUCGGGUGAGGCGUCGUGUCGGCAUCUUAGACUGCGCCCUCAGCAGUAUGACAGAGGAUUCGGAUGUUAACCAUAUACCAUCAGUUACUUGUCUUAAAUUCCAAGAUGCCUUGCACAUGGCUGUAGGGACAAGCACAGGGCAAGUAUUGAUGUACGACAUCAGGGCCACUAAACCAUUAUACAUCAAAGACCAUCAGUAUGGACUGCCAAUCAAAUCUAUCCACUUCCAAGAUGCGAUGGAGCUGGUGCUGUCUGCUGAUAACAAGGUGGUUAAGAUGUGGAAUCGUAACACGGGGAAACCUUUUACAUCAAUUGAAACAGAGCAUAACAUAAAUGAUAUGUGUCUGGUCCCCAACUCUGGAUUAGUUUUAAUGGCCAAUGAGGCCCCAACCAUGCUCACCUAUUUUGUACCAUCUUUAGGUCCAGCUCCUCGAUGGUGUUCCUUCCUCGAUAAUCUGACAGAAGAACUUGAAGAAACUACCAUGAAUACUGUUUAUGAUGAUUAUAAAUUUGUGACCCGAAAUGACCUUGAAAAUCUAGGUUUGUCACAUCUCAUUGGUUCCAACCUUUUAAGGGCAUACAUGCAUGGUUAUUUUAUGGAUAUACGAUUAUACCACAAAGCUCGUGCAAUAGCGGAUCCAUUCGCCUACGAAGAAUACAGACGCAACAAGAUACGGGAAAAGAUUGAUGAGGCCCGCAAGAACAGAGUGCGAAUAAAUAAAUUACCUAAAGUAAACCGAGACAUUGCAGCACGGAUCCUUGACCAAGAUGGCGUUGUUGCGAACAACAAGAAGGCCAAGGCUAAGAUUGCGGCACAAAAGAAUCUUUUAUCUGAUGAUCGUUUCUCUGCGAUGUUUAAAGACACAAACUACCAAGUAGAUAAAGAAAGCGAGGAGUAUAGACUGCUCAACCCUUUGCUGGCUCAUCAUGAUAAGCAACGACUAAAGCGAGCAAGGAAGAUGGAACUAGAACAACAGUUUCAGGAAGUCCAAUCUCAAGAGAAAGAAGGUCGACCAAGUGACGAGGAAGAUGAUUAUGCAGACUCAAGUUCUGAUGACGAUGAUCGAACCUGGCAGGAAGAAGUCCGUCAACAGCACAAGGCAAUCCAAAUGGAACGUAAAAUGGCGGCCAAAUCCACACCUCAACCUAAAUUUUAUGAGCUCAAACCUGGAGAGGAAUUCCGUGUCAAAGGAGUUGAUAAAGAAAGGAGAAAGAAGGCAAAGACCAGUCUGGCAGACAGGAUAAAGGAGGAUGAAAGUCAAGGUAUUGUCACCUCAACUGGGAAUGCACUUGGUACUAGGCAAGUCACCUUCCACUUAAAAAAGAAGUUAAACAAACAACGUAAACUCGAUUCCGAAGCUCACCAUGCAGAGAGAAGGAAAAUUAGGCGGUCAGCAAGUGGUCUUGUCAGAAAAAAACGAACUGGUCGUAGGGGAGGAAACGGAUGAAUAAUUUGAGAAUAGUUGAUAAUGUUCAUAUAACAAAUUCCAGAGCAAGUAUAUUGUAAGGGCAAAUAAAAGCAUAGAAACAGUGGUAAAGGAAUGUUAUUGCCUGGAAAAAUAUAAGGCAACAGGAGUUGGGCUUCACCUGCAGUCAGAGAUACAGGAAUUUGAAAUGGAGAGGCCCAGACAGGAAGGUUUACAGAUAGAGGGUCUCACCUCAACCAUGGUUGGGGGCUGAUGUAGGAAUUUUAUGUAAUACCUGUAGAUGGCUGGAAAUCUCCCUCUCCCCACACUUUUUUUUUAAUUUUUCAAAAGUUUGAACCCCCUUCUGACCUGCGAUAUGGUUGAGUCUGAAGUUUUACAUUUUUUUAUGUUGAAUGUACUGUCACAAAAACCUUUUAAACUGUUUUAUUGUAUAUUUUAUGCCCAGCUGUACCAUAGUUAGAAUUUUCAUGUUUCAAGAGUAUCCUUAAGUGUCAUUCUUUCUUUUUUAUUCAACAACAAAAGAACAUUUUAAUCAUACUAAAAACAUCUUCCGAAAUCGGCCCCACCACUUGUGUGAACUCUUUCCAUAUUUUGUUUUUAUCCUGGAUCAACUCCUAAUUUUGUGGAGUUUAUGGAAGUAGUGUAUUCAAUUCUAUUAAUGAUACCAAUUAUUACAGAUAGAUUUAAUUGUAAUACAACCUACUCCAAAUCCGUAUAAAUGAUCUAAAGAUGUACUGUAUUGCCAUGUAAAUUUAAUAAACUUAAAACAUUACCCUUAAAUUGGGUGCUUUUCAAGGUAAAA